CCCAAGUGCCCUUGCACUGGACGUGUGAACAGCCUUAGUCCCAAUCCACCCAGGGAUUCUAUCUUCCGUUCCAGCUCUCCUUAGCUAUCAACGCAUGGUUAUCAGUACCAGCUUAAUUACCCAAUCAUGUCUGGCCAAGUCACGUAUGGGCCGGUGCAGAGAGUCCGCAACCGCGAGUACUCCACUGCCAGCGACGGAACCCAGUUCAAACGUAGGGUCAGGUCGGACGGUAGACGCACCGCAUGGGAGCCCGUUUCGCCUCCUUUGGAGGCCGAGGAUCCUCGUCUAUCUCUCAUGCUGGUUCUCCAGAAACAGGCUGAGGGGGAGCCAUUCCACUGGUCCUUGUUCGUUGCUCCGGAGGGAAAGCAAGGCAAUGUCUACCAGGUCAAGGGCGACGCUACAUUCAUGCGGCAUGACUUCGUUCAGAAUGUUCGGCUUCUCAGUUCGGCCAGCUACCAUACUUCGUACGUUUUGGCUCAACUCGAAGACGGCGAAGAAGCCACGGUGAAGUGGUACGCUGAGGCGGAGGCAGCCCCCCGCGCCGCAAAUCGAGCCUCGGUGGUGGAGAACUGUCAGGGCUAG